AUGUCCAAAAACCGCUCGCAGCAAUUUUCUUUGGCAGCAAAAAAGGGAAUUUCUUGUAGUGUGUCUGUACUUCUGACGCAAGAUCAAUCAGAAAGGCAAAAAGAUUUGAUCGAAAUUGAAGAUGUUGAGGACAAAACAGCAUUCCGAGUUUCUGAAUGUGUUGCCCCAAGGAAGCAGAUGAUGAUGUCCCAACGUCAAGCGGAAAAUAACAGCUAUUCUCGAUUAAUGAUUGGUGGUAAAGGGUCUAGGAGGCGUGCAAGUACAGCCAUGGAUGCAAGCAAAAGUUCUAGUAGUAAAGUUCCGUCGAAAAAAGCAAUCAAAUGCAAGUACGAGUUUGAGCAGUUAUCCGUAGAUCAUCUCAAGCAACGAAAUCGCAACAUUGAGAUUAAUUCGAGGCCCAAACUGAGACCUUUUGAGCCUCAGAUUCAGAAAAGGAUACUCAAGAAGCCUCAUGAAUAUACAUGCAGGAAAUGUAGCAAAACAUUCCCAACUUUUCUAGCAUUGGGAGGUCAUAGAUCCUGCCAUGGCGAAGAUAAGAACACUAAAGCUGUGGAACCAUCGAUUGGAGCUAUACAACGGAAAAAGAAUGCCACUCCCAGUGUAAAAGUUGAAGAAACAAGAGAAUCUGGAGAGCAUGCAUCUUUGCACAUAUGCAACUUAUACUACAAACGUUUCCCAACAGAUCAAGCUCUUGGUGGCCAUAAGAAGUGCCACUGGGCAACAGUACGAUCAGCAAAAGCUCGAGCAAGAUGUGGAGGCAAGGGUGAAGAUCACACUAGUCAGACUACAACUGCUCUUACAAUUGUACAAUUGCCAUUGCAGGAGGGAGCAACUGAUCAUUAG